AACACUCCAAACCAGCACUAUUUCAUAGCACCGACCGUAUUUGUACGUCUAUGUGAUUAUAGGCGUAUUUGCUUGCGUGAUAUCAAUGGCAUCCCACACUUUCAGAGUUCCCUUCCAAAGCCAUGGCACCCAAAUCCCGUCUUACACUACUAGUUCAGCCCACCUCCGCAGACCCAAACAAGAAAAUUCACCAGUCUGAACCACUAGCCUCUCAAGGGGAAAAGAACCCGGGAAAAAGAAAACGUGCACCUCCAGGUUUCAAGAAAAAGUCUCCGGAAGCCUCCGACGAGCCCAAUCUCACCCCAAAGCUUCCUGGAUCUCCAAAGCGUGCUUUGCAUGCCGUAGGGGAAGAAGAACCCAGGAAGAAGAAGAAAAACAUAUCUGGGGAAGCAGACGUUCCUAGCGAACAAAAGAAGUCUGCGCCGCACAACCGUGUGUGGAAUGACGAUGAUCAGGUUGCUAUUCUCCAAGGUAUGAUUGACUUUAAGGCCCAAAGAGGGACUGAUCCUAGUGCGGAUUAUGCCGCUUUCAAGGACUUCGUUAUGGAUAAAUUGCACGGGUCGUUUUCCAAGACUCAGAUCGGAGCUAAGAUUAGGGGGCUUCACAGGAAGUUCUUGACCCUUAGUAAGAAGGGAGACCUCCCUACAUCUGCUCAGCCUUAUGAGUGUCAGGUUUAUGAACUUUUAGCAAAGAUUUGGGGAACUGCGAGCAGCAUCAAUGCUAAAAGCCCGGGUGUUGCUAGUGAUUUUGCCAAACCAGAGGCAAAAUUUGCCAGCGGGGAGGUGAACCAGGUAAGCAACUCUAAAAAGACUACUGAAACUACCAACAUUAUGGAUGCACCAAAAGCAGCAAGUGAUAAGAAGACAACUGCACAUGACCACAAAGAAAAGAAGAAGAAGAAGAGAAAGAAGCGGAAGACUCACCCAGAGGAAGAAGUUGAAAAAACUACUGGUGAGAAAAAUCACGAACAAAUUUCCAUUGCUGAAAAAGAUAAACAGACAGCUGCUAAUGGAAAAGGCAAUCCGACUGCUUCUCCAAAGGGUAAUGACAACCACUCUGGCUCUAAUGCAAAAGCCAACCAAACUGCUGCUGAUGGUAAAGACAACCGCUACUCUGCCUCCAAGGAAAAAAACAGCCAGCCUGCUCCUGCUCCUUCUGCUAAGGGUAAUAAACACAACCACUCUGCCUCCGAGGGAAAAAACAGCCAGCCUUCUGCUAAUGAAAAUCUUAACCAGGCUUCUCUGAAAAAUGUAAUGAAUGGUGAAGCUAAGAACGAGACAGGGGAUUUUCAAUCCAAAUAUCCUUGCUUGGUUAGAUCUUUCAAUAAGGAAAACUAUUCAUUCAGUACUCAGGAGACAAUAGAUAUGCUGAAGGAAAAAGUCAAUCUGAUCGAGAGAACCCAGGCUGUUGAGAUUGAGGAGAAAUGGGUCAAGCUAAGGGAAGAACAUGCCGCACAUUGUGUGAAGGUUGCAGAUUUGGUAGCACUGCAGGCCAGGUUUUUGUUUGAUGCUGCUCUCUAGGAAGAGGUAACUUCGUAGAUGUCUGUUCUUUUUUGGGUGUGGAUUAGUAUUUUUCAACUUUGAAAAACCAAACAUGCAAUGCAAUGCUGUCGUUCUCAGAAAAAUUCUGAUGCUAGUAUUAAGUUUUUUGCUAUUAGUAUUUUCUCAUGUUUAGGGUUGAAAAGAAGUGCACUAAAAUGGUCGAGCCUGGUAAUAUUUAUCCCCUCAUUUCUGAACUUCCAUAAAAGUAUGGAGUAAUUUGGAAGCUUUUUGCAUCAAAACAAAGUAACCUUCCUGAUGUGAGCCAAUGCUCUCAUAUUGUUGCAAUGGUGUCUCUCUUAUCAAUUUAAUCCUCAUGUUUCCGUACAGCUAAUCGAGAUGGUUACUUGUGGCAC